AUGGAAAAGCUUGUCCUUGCACUGAUUCACGCGUCACGAAGGCUGCGCCGAUAUUUCGCCAAUCACGUCAUCCAUGUGUUAACAAAUUACAAUAUUGGGAAUAUCCUAGCAAGGCCAGAAGUAUCAGGAAGGUUGGCCAAAUGGGCAAUAGAGCUAGGGGGACACAACGUAGUCUUCAGACCACGACCGUCGAUCAAAGGCCAAGUUUUGGCAGACUUCAUGACGGAAGUCCCGGAUGACAAAGACAGAGAGUGUAAGGCGAUGGAGAAGGCUGAGAAAAAACAAACCGAAGAACCAUGGCUGCUGUAUACAGACGGCGCAUCCAACGAAGAUGGGGCAGGCGCGGGGCUACGGCUAGUAAGCCCUGACAAACACGAGUUCACUUACGCCAUACGCCUAGACUUCAAGAGCACAAAUAACGAAGCCGAGUACGAAGCCUUUCUGGCCGGCCUGCGUUUGGCAAUCAAAAUGGGAGUUCGACACAUCGAAGCACAUGUGGACUCCAUGUUAGUAGCAGGCCAAAUCAAUGGUCAAUACGAAGCCAAGGGCGACAUAAUGGCACUCUAUCUCAACCAAGCAAAGACGUUGCUGCAAACCUUCUAUUCUUACAAGGUACACCACAUAAACCGCAGCGAAAACAAGCCGGCAGACGCCUUAAGCAAGCUUGCGUCAACAAGCUUCCAGCACCUAGCCAAAGACGUGCGCAUAGAAGUUUUAAGCAACCCAUCUGUUCCACUCAGAGAAGUCAGCGUCAUCCAAACGGGAACCACGUCCUGGAUGACACCCAUAAUCAUGUACUUACAAUCCGGGAUACUUCCAGAAAAUAAAGCUGAGGCGCGGAAAAUCCAGUAUAAAUCAGAACAUUAUCAGAUGGCAGACGGGAUAUUGUACCGAAAGUCAUAUCUCGGCCCGCUGCUAAGAUGUGUUGACACCGACGACGCCAAUUAUCUGAUCCGGGAAGUACAUGAAGGCAUCUGCGGUAUCCACGCCGGGCCACGCAUGGUAGUGGCAAAACAAUGGGGCAUAGACAUGGUGGGCCCUUUCCCAGAAGCUCCGGGGGCAGUCAAGUUCAUCAUCGUCGCGGUCGAUUACUUCACCAAGUGGGUGGAAGCAAAAGCACUUGCGUCAACCACAUCGGCAGUCGUUAAACGAUUCAUCUGGGAACAAAUCAUAUGCCGGUUCGGCCUGCCACUCCGAAUCAUCACCGACAAUGGUACAAACUUUGCAGCAGAUGAUCUCGAACGAUGGUUCAAGGAACUAAACAUUGAACAUACCUUCUCGUCGGUCGCACAUCCGCAAGGGAAUGGUCAAGUUGAAGCGGUCAACAAGAGCAUCGUCGAUGGCAUCAAAGCGAGGCUCGGAGAAAAAAGACGAGGGUGGGUCGAUGAGCUACCUAGCAUAUUAUGGGCCCAUAGAACAAUGCCCAAAACAAGCAACGGAGAAACACCUUUCAGCUUGGCCGGAAACUUCUAA